CUUGACCCACCACAGAAGUUACAGAGUCAACCUCUUGUUGCACAGUUAGAUGCAGCUUUUCCAUUAAUUAUGAGUUCACCUCAGAGAUAUUUCAUUAUGUAUGGUACUAACUUGUUUGGAGGAUUGCUGCAAGCUAUACCAAUUCUAAACAAGCAUUUCGACGGCUGGUUGAAAACCCUAGCUGCACAGCUUUCUCUGGGGCCUUUACUUGAAAGGCAGCCAUCUUAUUCUUUAAUAUAAAAGACUGCCUAUUCAGACAGGCCUUGCUGUGGGAUGGGAUGGAUAUAGAGGGCCCUUUCUUGUCAACUGCACAGUGACUGAAUCAGCCGAGAAAAGGGGGGUUAACGACCACAUUGUAGCCGUAUCCCUAAGUGCUUCUCGUACCCUUGGAGGAGCUUCUUCCGCAAGGGCACGAGUGUGAAACUAUGGCCUGCUCUCCGGAAAGUGUGGGAGUCCCGCCUCUACAGUAAAGUGUCUUUUCAGUAGUAAGGGCCCCGAUUUAUUCAACAAGUCUGUUCAUAAGCAUUGAAGAUCCUCGAUUCCAGAGGAUGACACUCGCCCUAUUAGGGGGAACCUCGGUAUCAUGCUACUCUUAAAUAAAAAGUAGAAGAGUAAUGGACCCCUAAGUUAAGUUAAGUAAAGUAGGGCGCCUACAUUUGACUUUCCCUUUACGCUCAUAGAGCCCCUCCACCUCAAUCAAUUAGGACCGAUUGCUUUGACUCGUGUCUCCCCACACCUUGUUCUCCUUCCUAGUCGGAAGGCAAGGUAGCCCUAAGCCUAUACAGGUAAGGAGCAUGCAUCCGGGUGGCUUCUUCCCUUCCCCGGAAUCACGAGUGCCUGCCUGCUGUCUUUGUUUCAAACAGAAUCGACGUACUUCCUUUUUGAUUUUUUUAUGGUCACACCGAGGAUGGAAUCUUUGCAAUACCAAACUGAGGAGACUAUUGUGUUUGGAAAAGCUUGAUUGCCUAGUCCUCGUGUAGCCCUCCGGAUUGCUCCUCGUCAAAUCAAAUCAAACAAAUAAGUACGCCGGGAUGGCUCAUGGCCUCUGACUGGAUAGCAGAGCAGUUUUCUUUAAUUCCAUGGGCCGCUAACCCCCCCCCAAAAAAAAAAAUUCUUAAAGGAGAAAAACAUGUUUAUUAUAUAAAAAUUAGGAGACACCCAUAAUUCUAGUUCGUCAUGGGUAGGGAUACUAUUGCCGAUAUAAGAACUUAUAUAAGAAAUGCUGACAUGGAUAAAAAAAGGAAGGGUUCAAAUAGCAUCUACUAAUAUCACUGAAAGCAUUAAGACUUUGACGAGAAGGUUUUAUUGAAAACGUUAGGAAACAUAGGGAAAGUCAUAAAUUUUUCUUGGUUUCAACCCUGCUCCCGGUCUUCGAACUAGUCAUUAAUGGUCGGCAACAUGGGUCCCUUUUUCGGUAUGCGUUGCGAACACUUUCAUUUUUAACCUCUCAUCUUCUUUGGAGAAGCUCAAAUCGAACGGAUAGAGCAGAUGGUCCAACUACAAAACUUCUUAUUUUUCAUUACUUCCAUGGUCGUGCCUUGUGGCACGGCAGCACCCGUACUAUUGAAAUGGUUCGUCAGUAGAGAUGUUCCCACUGGUGCCCCUUCUUCCAAUGGAACUAUAAUUCCUAUUCCUAUCCCUGAAUUCCCUUUUUUGGUCUAUCUACAUUCCAAAAAAUUCAUACGCUCCAUGGACAGAGCAAAAAGUGGAGUGUUGGUCAGAGCAAGCCGCCCUACUCUAUUAUUACCACACAUAAUUGGGAGAAGCUCAUCCGCUAGAAAUGCUGUAUUUCGUUUCAUUCCCGUUCUUCAUUUCCUUCUUUUAGAAUCCAUGGGGGACUUGUCAUAUUUCGAAUUUUUCUGUGGUCUGCUCUGUUUACAAUUCUUUCGUACUCUCUUCUCUUUACCACGCGAUAGGUCAGCGAAGCGUGAGCGGGCGCGGAAAAGGAAACGCCAAAGACUUCGGCCUAACGGGAAUGAGCAACGACGAAAUGACAAGAUGAGGUGCCCCGGGCACCCCCAUAUAGAAAGAAGGGUCGAAGGUUUUGGGCCUGUAGCUUUCCCCGUCCCCCCUUCGUCGAGUGGUGCUUGUUUGGGGGGUGUGCCACCAGAAAUCGGGCUUGAAGCUCUCGCCUUACCAACGAGCCGACUGCUGAUGGCUGUUGGUCACGACUACUACAAUAAAGUGAAGAUUCAUCUUCCUAUUUCACAUGGAGGAGUGUGCAUAUUUAUGUUGGGUGUUCUUCUGUCGUGCGACCCGGUGGCUUAUGUGCGACCUGUGGCCCACGCCUCCUAUUUGUUCCGGGCGGGCGGCGUGAACUCUGAUUCGAUCCGGGUAUUCAAUCCCGCCGCUGAGAUCCUCGCUGCUCGGAAACACCCAGUGCUGACCACACUGAGAGACACUAAAGCGCGGGUAAUGCCAGUUGGCGAAGUGGCGUUAAGCAUCCCUAGCGGUACGCAAAGAGAGGUCGUGAUGAUAUCAUCUACGUCCGUGCCGCUCCUCCCGGGCCGUGAGCGCGGUGGGAACGGGCUUCCCAAAAAGCCAGCCAGCCCCGGCCGGGGUCAGCAUAGAAUGAAAAAGGGGACGGCCCUAAUGUUGUGUUGGCAAAGAAACGGGUUGCGGGCGGAUAAAAGCGGACGUGGGGACUCGGGUUCAGGGUUUUCGGUCUUUGGGGGGUGGGGGAAGAAGCUUGCUUCUUCACAAGCUUUUCCCGCCCCCUUUCCUGUCCGUCCCGACCGGCAGCAGCUGGGUCUCCCCAUCUCUCCUCAACUUCCCCCGGUCUUCGGUCCGAGCUGUAUGAGGCAGAAACUCGUCCCAUGUACGGUUCGGAGGCCGAGCCCCACCCCAGCAAGAAUGAUGCGGCUUAGGUCAACUAAUACGAAUAAGAUACAGUUCACUCAACGAUUGCCUUUGGGUUCCGAACUCCAUAUGGGGAAGGAGCGUUGUUGUUUGCGAGGUCUCGAUCAUUUACAUGGACCCACUUCUCAUUCAAUUUUGGGGAAUUUCUUUCUUUCUAAACCGUCCCCAACGAGCGAUCGGUUCAUGUUUGAGCAUGAUGAAUCACUUCGUGCCGACCUGUUGCCAAUAAACUUUCCUGCCUCAUAUGAGAAUGGAAAACUGGAACAUUUUCUGCAUCGGUGGAUGAAGAAUCACGAACAUAAGAAUUUCUGGGUUACCAUGUUCCCAGAAAAAAGAUACUUUUUUUCUAUUCAAGAAACGACGAGCACGACUGAAGUGGCUAUACAUACAAAUCUAUUUACGGAUCUAUAUGCUCCGAUUGGAACUGGAAGUUCCAGAACUGGCGGCUGGUAUACCACAAUAAUAAAACUGCCUUUUCUUUUUAGUAUUCGGAUAGGAUUUCUGUUGGCUUCAUCGGGAGGCUCGCGUAGUUUGUUACGUCAGCUCCAAAAGGAUAAGUUGCAUUGGAAUCGAGAAAGUUCUGUAUAGUAUAGUAUAGUUAAUAAUUGCAUAAAAGGAGUCAAUCCUUUCUUUAAGGAAGGCCAUAUCCUAAGUACUGAAUUAUACCUGGGGGGAAAGCCCUAAAAGCAGAACGAGACGACCCUUUCUUUGAAUAAGAAAGGCUUCUUUUGCUUCCAUAAGACACAUGGUUCCGAGCACUAGUAAGGUGUCAAGAUCGGACUAAGGAGAGGGAAGUCAUCCUUUGGACACGCUUUGUUGAGGUUGCGAAAGUCGAUGCAGACUCUCACGC